UCCAGCAGGUCCAAAGAUCAGGCCGCCGACCGGGCGGCGGCCGAUCUCCAUCGACGCGGGUUCGCCUCAUUGUCCCGUAGCCAGCAGCCAGCCGGCGGUCGAGCCGGCGACGAGAUUGAUUUGAAGCCAGGGAGCGGCCAGAUGGCCGGCCGGGGUCGCGGAGGGCGGAGCCGCGCGCGGCGGCCCCCACGCCUCCGCCCAUCCCUAUCGGAUCGGACCCGCGCGCGGUGUGCAGGCGGGUGCCCUGGGCGAUACGUCGUCGUGAGGCCGGCAUGUGUGGAAGGCGGCUGCCCGGGCGCGCGCGGCGACACCCCCACUUUCCCGCGCCAUCAAUGCGCGGGGUCACCCGCCGCGCCGCGCUGGCGAGCCCCUGCCCCUCCGUUGCCACCCCGCCGUCGCUCUCGCCACCGCCCGUCUCGCCGGGCCUCUGCCUCUGCUUGGCCAGCUAGCUGCGCGCGUCGUCGCGGUCUGGCACGGGCAGGCGUAUAAAUCAGGGUGGCCCGUGCAAAAGCUACAGUUGUAUCUGGUGUAGCUGUGCGCACGCACGUAGCUAUAGCUAGCUAGCUGGUGAUAUGGAGUCGAUAAUGGAGAAGCCGGUGGCGGUGGACGCCGCGGCCGGCGGCGGCGGAGGAGGGGGUGCCGGUCGGACCAGGUCGGACCAGCUGGCGCCGUCGCAGUCGCUGAGCCGGACGGCGUCGGCGGAGACGGUGCUGAGCAACGCGGACACGACGAGCCUGUCCCGCAAGUCCAGCUUCGGGCGGAAGCGCACGGCGUCGGCCGGCGGCGGCGGCGGCGGCGGCGGCGGCAACAGACACAUCCGCAAGUCGCGGAGCGCGCAGCUGAAGGUGGACGUGGAGGACCUCGUCAGCAGCAGCGCCGCGCUCAGCCGCGCCUCCAGCGCCAGCCUCGGCUUCUCCUUCACCUUCACCGGCUUCACCCCGCCGCCGCAGGGCAUGCACUACUCCGCCGACCCGACGACCUUCAGCGACGAUGACAGCCCCAUGGACAUCGAGGCCGGCGCGCGGCGGCGCAAGAAGCUGAUGACGGAGCCGACCUUGCCGAUAUACCUCAAGUUCACGGAGGUGAAGUACAGGUUGUCGGCGAAGAAGGGCUCGCCGCGGGAGAUCCUGGGCGGGAUAUCCGGGUCGGUGUCCCCCGGCGAGGUGCUGGCGCUGAUGGGCCCGUCCGGCAGCGGCAAGACGACGCUGCUGAGCAUCCUGGGCGGCAGGGCCGGCGGCGGCGCCGUGGAGGGCUGCGUCUCCUACAACGACGAGCCCUACAGCAAGUCCCUCAAGCGCAGGAUAGGAUUUGUGACUCAAGAUGAUGUUCUCUUUACCCAUCUUACUGUGAAAGAGACAUUGACUUACGCGGCACUACUUCGUCUCCCAAGAACAAUGACUAGGCAACAAAAGAAAGAACGGGCAAUGGACAUCAUAUAUGAGCUUGGCCUUGAAAGGUGCCAGGACACAAUGAUUGGGGGAUCUUUUGUGCGUGGGGUUUCAGGGGGUGAAAGGAAAAGAGUUUGCAUUGGAAAUGAGAUUCUGAUCAAUCCAUCUUUAUUGUUUCUUGAUGAGCCAACAUCUGGGCUGGAUUCAACUACAGCCCUAAGGAUCGUUCAACUUCUUCAUGACAUAGCUGAGGAUGGGAAGACGGUUAUCACCACAAUUCACCAACCAUCUAGCAGGCUGUUUCAUAAGUUUGACAAGCUUAUCCUCCUGGGCAAAGGAAGUUUGCUAUACUUUGGGAAGGCAUCUGAAGCCAUGCCCUACUUCCAGUCCAUUGGAUGCACCCCACUCAUCGCGAUGAACCCAGCAGAGUUUCUACUGGAUCUCGCCAAUGGCAACACUAACGAUGUUUCAGUCCCUUCAGAGUUAGAUGAUAAGGUGCAUAUGGAAAAUCACACUUUGGAGAAUAAUAAUUCCAAGAAUGACUACAGGCCAUCAGCACAAGAUGUUCAUGAGUAUUUGGUAGAUGCCUAUGAGACUCGAGUGGCUUUUAAGGAGAAGAAGAAGCUUCUAGCUCCACUUCCGAUCAGUGAUGACCUGAAGGCAACUAUAACAUCAUCGAAGCGAGAGUGGGGCACAAGCUGGUGUCAGCAAUAUUCCAUCCUCUUUUGUAGAGGGAUCAAGGAAAGACGGCAUGAUUAUUUGAGCUGGAUGAGAAUAACCCAGGUCAUAGCUACAUCGAUUAUCUUAGGUUUAUUAUGGUGGCACUCUGAUCCCAGUACACUAAAAGGUCUAGAAGAUCAGGCUGGCUUACUGUUUUUCAUUGCUGUGUUUUGGGGUUUCUUUCCUGUCUUUACUGCAAUCUUCACAUUCCCUCAAGAGAGGGCAAUGUUGAACAAGGAACGGGCAGUUGACAUGUACAAGCUCAGUGCAUACUUCUUGGCCAGAAUGACAAGUGAUCUACCACUUGACCUUUUCCUCCCUGUCGUAUUCAUGGUGAUCGUCUACUUCAUGGCAGGCCUCAAAGCAACUGCCACACAUUUCUUUCUUAGCAUCCUGACUGUCUUCCUCAGCAUAAUUGCUGCUCAGGGACUAGGAUUGGCAAUUGGAGCUACCCUGCUGGAUAUCAAGAAGGCAACAACUCUAGCUUCAGUUACAGUCAUGACGUUCAUGCUAGCAGGAGGCUUCUUUGUAAAGAGGGUUCCCCCAUUCAUCUCCUGGCUGCGCUACCUGUCCUUCAACUACCACACGUACAGGCUCCUGCUCAAGGUGCAGUACGAUCCCGUGCCGGACAUCCUGACCACCACGAAACACAUUGACAACGGCGCCACCGAGGUCGCUGCUCUCGUCGCCAUGAUCAUCGGGUACCGGGUGCUGGCGUACCUGUCGCUGAGAAGGGUGAAGGUCCCAAGCAGCUAGCACAUCGCAUCACCGCGUGUGUUGACUCAUUGAAGCCUGAACUCCUGGAGGCCGCAAACCGCAAGGGGUUGGGUGUGUAGGGAUGUUUGUUUUAUAUUGUGCCGUAAAAAGAUAGAGCUCUUUUAUUUUUCUGUCUUUUUCAACAAAGUUCAGAGGGCCCCGAAGGCCAAAUUCGAAAUUGAACCAGAAGAAUGUGUAGCGAGUGUUAGGUCAGUCUCAGUCCACAGUUUCAUUGUAUAGUUACCAAGACUGAGCAUUUGGUAAUUGUGCCAACUAGAUUUCAUAGUGAUCAAACUUCUCUCGUCUCAUAUAACUCUCCCCCAUCUCUCCUUAUAAUGACACUGUCAAAUCAGCACAAUUUCUGAUGUACUAUGAAAUUCUCAUUAAGAUUGGCCUUAUAGACAA